CACUAAAAUAAUUUUCAAUUCACUUGCAAAUGGCGUCUGUUCCAUAAUUUAUAUUAUUUUUUCUAGUUAUAAUUAUAAAUAAUAAUUGAUUAAUUACUGCUGCUGUAUUGUAGAAUAGCCCUACAGAAUAUGGAAUCAAAAAGUGGAAAUAGCGAAGAUGAGAGUGUCUCCUCAAAAACUUCCAAACAAAGCAACGUCCUACCUCUAUGGGGCAACGAAAGAACCAUGAAUUUAAAUCCUCUGAUAUUAACUAAUAUUCAAAGCUCCCAUUACUUCAAAGUUAACUUGUAUGAACUCAAAACUUAUCAUGAAGUAGUCGACGAAAUAUACUACAAAGUAUCCCAUUUAGAACCCUGGGAGAAAGGUUCUAGAAGAACUUCAGGACAAACUGGUAUGUGUGGUGGAGUUAGAGGUGUUGGUGCUGGAGGAAUUGUCUCCACAGCUUACUGCCUUCUCUACAAACUCUUUACCCUGAAACUCACAAGGAAGCAAUUGAAUGGUCUCAUCACUCACUGUGAUUCCCCAUAUAUAAGGGCCUUAGGUUUUAUGUAUAUACGUUAUACUUUUCCUCCAGCCAACCUCCUGGACUGGUAUGAAGAUUAUUUGGAGGAUGAAGAGGAAUUGGAUGUUAAAGCUGGUACUGGACAAACUAUGACUAUGGGUUUGAUGCUGAGGCAAUGGUUGGUCAAGUUAGAGUGGUUUUCAACUUUGUUUCCAAGAAUACCUGUGCCCAUUCAACAGAAAAUUCAAAAACAUUUGGAGAACCGUUUCCCGCCGCACGCCCUUCAAGCGGCGCAAGAGCGAGACAGGACGUUCGACAGAGACAGAGCACCGAAGAACGACCAACGGCCGGUCAGAGACGACCUCAGACGCGAGUUUCUGCGCGACGACGACCGCCGAUUGGACAAGGACCCGCGCUUCGACAGGCGCGACAGAGAGCAGCACGGUCGGCGAGACAGAGAGGGCAAGUACAAGGAGCGGAGCCCGAGGAGGGAUCGGAGUCCUAGGCGGGAGCGGAGCCCGAGGAGGGAGAGGAGCCCGCGCGCGCACAAGUCGCAUAGACACAGGGAGGACAGGGAGAGGAGGACUCGGUAUUGAGUGGG